CAAACAACAUUAUAGCCCCUAAUUGUGAUGCCCACACGACUUCAUAUGAUCGAUCCCGUGUGAUGCGAGCCGGGCUUAGGUUCCCACGGCCGUCCAUGUGCUGUCCAACUCCGCUGGGACUGCAACACUUCUGGCUUCGCCCGCGCCAUCUGGCCCCUGCCGGCCCAUACCGUUACAGGUUCUUUAACAUGCUUCUGGUUCAAUUUAGACGCAGGCAGUGCGCGCACACACAUACAAACACGCGCGCGCGGGCAGAGGGAGGGAGGAGACAGGCGUUUAGUCAGUGGCAGAUGGCUUGUAAGGGUCUGGCCGCGUCUGAAGGCGUACCGUAUACCCCCUUCAGUGACUGUCCCCCGAGGGGCCGUGCAAUCAAUGAAAAACGAAAGCGCAUAGAAAAGCCAGAACAAGAGGAGCGCGAGUCCUACCGACGUGAUACCAAAGGGGUUUGAGUUACUGCAGGGUUCAAUUAAACCAGCACUAACGCUUUAACAGUUACUCCCUUUACUGUUAUUUGAUUCCGAAGGGGAGUUUCUGUAACAAACAUAACUUGACGUAAGAACAGAUUUGUUCCCCGUUGUUGAAAAGACUUGUGCUUUUUAUACAGAAAAAGAGCUGUUGAUCUAAAAUGGACACGCAUGAAAGUAGCUGAUUCAUAUAAAGAGGAAUCCAAUUUUAAAUCAUCCAUAGUUUCUAGUGUUUUCCAAGCCAUGCUCAAUGAUGCCACCCCCUUUCAUCCCAUCACGGCCCCCUGGGCAGAAAAAGUUUGAGCAUUUUUCCCCACUCAUGAUGUCAGAAAAUUUGGCUCAUUUAAAGCUCGAUUGAUUUGGAAAUACAAGGGCUCAAAGCAUAUCUUAACACAGUGAUGUAAUUUGUCUCACUUGUGUUUGGUUACCAUGGACCUCAGGCGAGAGCUUUUGUGCUGGAGAAAAUCGCACUUAAAUGAACGACCAAAUUAAGACCCCCACCCCCAAUUACGCGAGAGCAUUGUCUCUCACAAAACUUUUGCGAAUAAAACCGUAUACCCGGUUUUAAUGUAAGGCAAACAGUCGGGCAUCGCAGAGGUUCAAAAGACGAAGAAAAACAAACACAUAUUUGUUUGAAUGGGGUCCUGAGAAUGGAGAGAUAAGGAGGCGAUUUGCUUGUUUUUGUGGGCCUCCGCGGAUCGCCCGAUUAUGAGGAGGACGGUAGCGCAGGUGCUGCCUGAAUUACCAUACAGCUGAGCGCAAACUUAUUCCGCCGGCACACAAUAGCGCAGUGGCCCGGGGAUGGCCACGCGAGCAACACACACACACACACACACACACACACACACACACACAUACACACAACACACACGGGCGCACACACACGCACGCGCUCUUUCACAGCAGAGCUACACGCGUAACGCACACACACACACAGCAGAAAAGGGAAAAGCAAGUGGAGAAUUUGGCCUCCAUACAAAUGAUGCGUAUUCUUUUGUGAGUUUGCCUCACACACACAUAGCCUGCCCUAUACACACACAGUGCUGGCAUGAGGAAUGUUUUUAGAAACAAACCAGGAAACUCUGAAUCAGGAAACGCAAAGGGAAGUGGCAUCAUUUGUUAAAAACUGAGAUUUGUAUACUUUUCUAAACUUUUACCAUCACUACGAAAUGAAUCAAGUUUGGACACGAAAACGCACAAAAACAAUGGAUUUAUAAUUCAAAGAGAGAGAAAAUGAAAAACAAACCGUAUUAAGUUAACAUAAACCUUACAGCUGAAUUAAGUUUAUCUUUAUGCCACCUAUUUGAUAUAUUGAAUAAAAUGCUAAUUAUAACACCGGGCAGUCUAAAACUUUACCGAGUUGUAAAUUAUAGACGCGCUUUUACGCACUCAUAACAGUGCUGUUAUGUUUGGAAGAAGCUGGAUGGUUGGUAGGGGCUGGUUGCAAGCGAGCUGCAUUGUAAAGCGUGGGACAGAUUGGGGGUAGUAGUGCAUUAGCAUAUUAUUACCCCGGCAUGUGGCACCCCGUAUAAAACUGGCGGCAGGCGGCCUCCCUCCAGAUACAAGCACACAGUGCCGUGGGAGAAAGACGUGAAGAGAAAUGUUGGGCCAGUGACAAAUCCUGGUUCAGGAACAACCAAGAAGGAACUAUAAGCAUCAUUCUCACCACAGUUUGCUGAAGCUUCAUCUGAACUUUUCAACCACUUUUGAGGAUUAUACCAUUGGCACGAAUUCAACAAGUCAUUCCGUUGGAGUUUUUGGACACGUUUGAGGAUUGUUUUUGCGCGCACUUGACAUGAAACGGGACAACGUUUACUCGCAUUAUCUCCAGUAGCCUACUUAAAGUCUCCUCCAAUGCAUCAGACGGCUAAAAGAAACGUGUUUUAAAAUAAGGUGAACUUGGUCCGUGCCGAGUUGCUCAAAAACUUUCCAAAACCUAUUUAUUUAUUAUUUAUUCGUCAUGGGACGCAUCUUACUGUUGCUUUUCGCCAUCCUGUACACGCUGCUCUGUCAGGCGUCCUGUUCAGGCGUCUUUGAGCUCAAGUUGCAAGAGUUUUUGAACAAGAAGGGUGUGCAGGGCAACAAAAACUGCUGUAGGGCUGGCCUGACCUCCCUUUACCAGCAGUGCGAGUGCAAGACUUUUUUCCGCAUCUGUUUAAAACAUUAUCAACCCAACGCAUCACCGGAGCCGCCAUGCACUUACGGAGGCACAGUUACCCCCGUGUUGGGAUCCAACUCUUUCCAAGUGCCAGAUACCUUACCGGACGGUUCUUUUACCAACCCCAUCAGGAUGAAUUUCGGUUUCACGUGGCCGGGAACCUUUUCACUGAUUAUUGAAGCGCUGCAUGCUGAUUCCAAAGAGGACCUAACAACAGAAAACCCAGAGCGCAUCAUCAGUACCAUGACUACGCAGCGUCAUUUGACUGUGGGUGAGGAUUGGUCUCAGGAUCUGCACAGCGCGGGCCGAACCGAGCUCAAGUUCUCUUACCGCUUCGUGUGCGACGAGCACUACUAUGGCGAGGGAUGCUCCGUGUUCUGCCGGCCCAGAGACGACGCGUUCGGCCAUUUCACCUGCGGCGAACGCGGAGAAAUCAUCUGCGACGCCGGAUGGAAGGGCCAGUACUGCACGGAACCAAUUUGCCUACCAGGAUGCGAUGAGGAACACGGCUUCUGCGAGAAACCUGGAGAGUGCAAGUGCAGAGUCGGAUUCAAAGGGCGCUACUGUGAUGAGUGCAUUCGGUACCCGGGAUGCCUUCAUGGGACUUGCCAGCAGCCGUGGCAAUGCAACUGUCAGGAAGGCUGGGGCGGCCUCUUCUGCAACCAAGAUCUGAACUACUGUACACAUCAUAAGCCCUGUCUGAAUGGAGCCACUUGUAGUAACACUGGUCAGGGGAGCUACACCUGUUCCUGUCGACCGGGCUACACGGGAGCCAGCUGCGAGAUCGAGGUCAACGCAUGUGCGGGAAAUCCCUGCCGCAACGGAGGAAGCUGCACUGACAUGGAGAACACUUACAGCUGUACCUGUCCACCUGGUUUCUAUGGCAAAAACUGUGAGCUCAGUGCCAUGACGUGCGCAGACGGACCGUGCUUUAAUGGCGGACGCUGUGCCGACAACCCAGAUGGUGGAUACUUCUGCCAGUGUCAGACGGGAUACGCAGGGUUCAACUGCGAGAAGAAGAUCGACCAUUGCACUUCUGCUCCAUGCUCGAAUGGUGCACGUUGUGUCGACCUGGUGAAUUCCUACUUGUGUCAGUGUCCAGAAGGGUACACGGGUAUGAACUGUGAUCAAGUUGGCGACGAGUGUUCCCUCUCCCCCUGCCAAAAUGGCGGCACAUGUCAGGAAGGGGCCAACGGUUACGUCUGUACAUGCCCACCUGGGUUCACCGGACAGAACUGCAGCUCACCUUUAGGUCGCUGCCAACACAACCCCUGCCACAACGGCGCCACCUGCCACGAGCGCAACAACCGCUACGUAUGUGCCUGCGUACCAGGAUACGGAGGACGCAACUGCCAGUUCUUGCUUCCGGACAGAGCUUCCCAGAUAGGCGGCGAUGUUCCCUGGACCGCCGUGGGUUCGGGAGUUUUGCUGGUGGUGUUGUUGGUAGUCGCCUGUGCCGUGUUGGUGGUUUGCGUUCGUUCAAAAGUUCAGCAGCGCCGUCGGGAACGAGAGGAGGAAGUCGCUAAUGGGGAAAACGAAACGAUCAAUAAUCUUACGAACAACUCUCACCGCGACAAAGAUCUUUCUGUAAGCGUUGUCGGGGCCGCACCGCUCAAGAACAUUAACAAGAAGAUUGACUUUCACAGCGACCACGACCUGAGUCUGACCACGGAGAAGCGGAGCUAUAAAACACGACAUGGACCUGCGGACUACAAUUUGGUACAGGAAGUAAAGUAUGAAGUGAAACACGAAGUAAAAUUGGAGCAUGUCGGGAAGGAGAUGGCAGCGAAGGACUUGUCCGAUAGCUGUGAGGACAUAAAGUGCCAAUCUCUGCAAGAGUCCUGCGAGUUCGAGGAGAAACGCAGGAAACGUCUGAAAAGCGAUGCAUCAGAAAAGUCAAAGUAUUCAGAGUCCAGAUAUUCUGAAUCAAAGUAUUCUGAAUCUAAAUAUUCAGAGUCAAAGUAUUCGGAAUCAAAGUUUUCCGAUUCGCUGUAUUCCGAGUCAUCAGCAUGUGCAUCGGCAUGUGCAUCGGCAUCCACGUCGGCUAUUGUCGACACCAAAUACAAAUCCGUCAUGGUGAUGUCGGAGGAGAAAGAUGAAUGUGUAAUUGCAACCGAGGUGUAAUGAGCCUGCAGGAGGCCGAUGCUCAUUGUGUCUUUCGGGAGACAUUUUGAACUCCCUAAGAAAAUGCUGCUGCUCGAACCCUUAGGUGGAAACGUCCCACCUUGUGACUACUGCUGCUGAGAAACUAGGACUGAUUGACUGAUAUUCAGGAUGAGCUGGUUCUCUGUACUGAAAGAGGCACAGGCAGUCGUGGCCUGUAGGCUUGGAAACUUGUGGAAAUGCUAAAGAUGGCCGAAGUGUCAUUAAAAUUUCAAAUGUAGUUGUAAAAUUUACCUGUAAAGCCAUUUUUGGACAAAGGUGUUGGACAAUGUGUGUCCAUUUUCAUGUUUUUAUUCUUGUUAACGUGGGUUCAUCACACGAAAAUGGCAUUUGGAAAAAUGUAACAGAAAGAAUACGAGAAUAAUAUAGCAGUGUUUUGCCAUGUGAUGUCCAGCAUCAUGGCAACGUUUUAGCAAUAUUUUGGCAACAUUUGCUGUUUAUUCGCCAAUACUUCCGUGGCCCCACAGGCUUUUUACUGUGCCCAGAAACUGCACCAAACAUUAAUGAUGUUGAAGUAGUUUUAAAGAAAUGUAUCGCAAAAUUUUUUGCCAUCGACUGUAUUAUUGAUACCGUGGCAAAGUUGCGGCAACAUUUUCGCAAUAUUUUGGCAACAUUUGCUGGCCCCGCCACAAGUCAGUGUACAAGGGACUACAUCAGAACGAUGGAUUUUCAGCCAUACUGGCCUAUCUACACUGGAUUGAAUGUCGCAUGAUGUCAUAUCCUGUCACAUGACCAGUGAAAACUAUAUGUAUUACCUGAUCACUGUGUAAACGGUAAAAAACUAAGUGCUCAAAAAAUCUCAAAGUCUUCCAAGCCUCCGCUUUUUUGCAUUAUGGUUUAGAAUAUGUAUGUAAUUUGUUUUUUGACGUAAAAAGUAUGUUUGUGUUGACGAUAAAUAAUAUCCUCGUUUGUAUGUUUUUUCCAUUUUUAUAACAAGAGCUGUAUGAUUUAAGUUAAUUUAUUUUUAUUUAAGUUUUAUGUAUUUCUAAAUAUUUGUAAUGUUUUUAAGAUUAUUUAAGUUUUAUGGUUUUUCCUAAGUUCUUCCUGUUACUUGCAAAGGCACUUCGGGUUGCUGGGAUGUUUUGAGAAAAUGUUAUUUAAAGAAGGAUUGUAAAAAAUGUUAUUAAUGCUAACAGGUUUCCGUUUGAUUUUUUCUCCGAAUGAAGUUUUAGCUUAAAUUAUUUUUCCAAAUAAAGAUUAUGAA